AUGCAUUUCCUCUCCACCAUCGCCAGCAUUGCCUCUCUAUCGGCCCUUGCAUCCGCACAACCAGGUCCCGGCCCAGCACCAGGCCCAGCACCACCUCUCGCCCAGAUGAACAACACAAACGGCAUUGGCAGCACGCCUGCCCAGCGCUUCGUCAUCUCGGCCGACCAAGCCCAGACCGUCAUCAAAGCCGCCGUCGCAAACGCCACCGCGCUCCAAAUCCCAGAGAACAUUGCCAUUGUCGACCCAGCCGGCAUGCUCGUCGCCUUCCACCGCAUGGACAACGCAUACCUCGGCUCUAUCGACAUCAGCCAGAAGAAGGCUCGCACUGCCGUUCUCUUCAACGGCCUCACCAGCGGAGACCUCUACGCUGCCGUUCAGCCCGGCGCCCCGCUUUACAGCGCCGAGAACAGCAACGGAGGUCUUAUUGUCUUUGGUGGCGGUCUUCCCAUUUACCUCAACGGAAGGUUGAUUGGCGGUGUCGGUGUUAGCGGUGGAAGCGUAGAGCAGGAUCUCAGUGCUGCGUUUGCGGGUGUUGAGGGUCUUGGUGCUUCAUCCAAGGCUUAA